CGCACUGCAGCCCGCGCGGGUGUUUGCAGGAGACCCGGGAAGGGGCUGGAGCAGCUGGGGGCGGAGGCAGGAAAAUCCUGCGGCAGCUCCGGGCUGGGCAAUGCAAGGCGCUGCUCCCCCCAUGGGGUCUGUGCUGGGGGGGGGGGGUCAUUAACCUCUCCCUGCCCGGCCGGGGGGGACGUUCCCCAGCUGGGACCAGCCCCCUGGGCAGCCCCGGGCCGGAGCCUGCAGGGUUUCCAAAUCUGAUGUGAUCUUCCAGCUACAAAGCUACAAUGAGGGGAGAAGCUGUGGGUCAGAGAUCUCAGGACCCAGAAGAAAGACAGUUCAUGAAAUUUGCCUGCAUACGUGAGGAAUCAUUAAUCCAAGUUAAAAACUGUCAGUGCCUGAAGGAACAGCUGGGAUUCCCUACAAAGAUCUUGAGAGCUCUCUUUUCCAUUCCUGUUUCUGAGGUUUCCCUUUCUAUCCCAGCAGAUGUUGGGAUGGUGAUUCAGAAUGAGAACCGGAAUCCUCAGCAGAAGGAUGCUAAGCAAGUGGAAACACAUGUAACAUUAUUGCAAGGAUCCAAAGGGAAUGUGUUCAUGAGUCAUGAGUAGGAAAACGCCAGUGAGCGUCAGCACAAGCCAGAGAUGCAGCAGGAAAACCAACCAGGUGAGAGAGUGGGUAAAUCCAUCAGUCGCUGGGAAGCUCAAAAAGACAUCCAUGAAACCCCAGCCCAGCAGAGAAACCUCAUGGAAGAGAGAAAAAAUUCAUGUAUUGAGUGUGGAAAAAACUUCAGUAACCGUUCAGACCUUAUUAAUCAUGAGAGAAUCCACACAGGGGAGAGACUUUAUGAAUGUGAUGAGUGUGGGAAAAGCUUCAGUCAGAGCUCACACCUUAUAAGACAUCAGAGAAUGCAUACGGGAGAGCGACCGCAUGAAUGCAGUGAGUGCGGGAAAACCUUCAGUAACCACUCAGAUCUUAUUAGACAUCAGAGAAUCCACACAGGAGAGCGACCGUAUGAAUGCUGUGAGUGUGGGAAAACCUUCAGUAAUCGCUCAGAUCUUAAUACACAUCAGAGAAUGCACACAGGAGAGAGACCCUAUGAAUGCUGUGAGUGCGGGAAAACCUUCACACAGAGUUCACACCGCAUUCGACAUCAGAGAAUCCACACAGGAGAGAAACCCUAUAAAUGCUGUGAGUGCGGCAAAAGGUUUGCUGACAGUUCAGCCCUUACUAAUCAUCAGAGAAUUCACACAGGAGAGAGACCCUAUGAAUGCUUUGAGUGUGGGAAAAACUUCAUUGAUGGCUCAGCCUUUACGAAACAUCAGAGAAUGCACACUAACGAGAGACCCUAUGAAUGCUACGAGUGCGGGAAAAACUUCAGUGUGAGCUCGGCCCUUAUUAGACAUCAAAGGAUCCACACAGAAGAGAGACCGUAUAGAUGUUCUGAAUGUGGGAAAGGCUUCCAUCAGCGCUCAGCCCUUAUUUAUCAUCAGAGAAUCUGCAAGGGGGAUAAACACCAUCUAUAUCUUGUCUAGGGCUUAAAAAAAAAUGUUUUCUUUAAUCAUUUUCCUAAUUCCCACAUAGUGAAUUUUAAGGCUGUUGGCACCGUUUGAUUCACUGUAGUCCCUCAGUGAGUUGUGUGCCUAGUAUCAGGAAUCCCCACCAACCCCAGCUGGGAGAGAGACGGAUGACCUUGACUAGCCACAUCAAGUUAAAAUGUAUCUGGGCCUCAUCUCUACUAGGAUUUUCCAUGGCGUUAGCUCAGUUGGGUUAGCUGUCCUGAUGUAAAACCACAACUAGUCUUGCAGUAAAGAUAUAUCCCCAUAUAUAGUGCCCAGGAGUAUGUAGCAUAUUUCCUCAUGACCUGACCUAACUUCCAUAAUUUUUCCUAGUCUAAACAGACCUGGAGCACAUAUUUCUACUCUUCUUCCCACUGCAAAGCAGUCUAUUAAAGUUCCCAGGUUCCCCUUUUGGGCAAAAAUUGUCUCAUUCUCAGUUGUCCUCAUGUUGCCCUGUUGGUUGCUGAACAGCUGUCAUUUUUAGUACCAUUUCACUCCUUCCCCAUCACCCCAACAGUGUUACCUUCUGUCUGAGCAGGUCCUCAAAGAAUCAAUCCUGAAGCACUUACAUGAAAGGAAAGUGAUCAGGAACAGUCAGCAUGGAUUCACCAAGGGCAAGUCAUGCCUGACUAAUCUAAUCGCCUUCUAUGAUGAGAUUACUGGUUCUGUGGAUGAAAGGAAAGCAGUGGAUGUAUUGUUUCUUGACUUUAGCAAAGCUUUUGACACGGUCUCCCACAGUAUUCUUGUCAGCAAGUUAAGGAAGUAUGGGCUGGAUGAAUGCACUAUAAGGUGGGUAGAAAGCUGGCUAGAUUGUCAGGCUCAACGGGUAGUGAUCAAUGGCUCCAUGUCUAGUUGGCAGCCGGUGUCAAGUGGAGUGCCCCAGGGGUCGGUCCUGGGGCUGGUUUUGUUCAAUAUCUUCAUAAAUGAUCUGGAGGAUGGUGUGGAUUGCACUCUCAGCAAAUUUGCGGAUGAUACUAAACUAGGAGGAGUGGUAGAUACGCUGGAGGGCAGGGAUAGGAUACAGAGGGACCUAGACAAAUUGGAAGAUUGGGCCAAAAGAAAUCUGAUGAGGUUCAAUAAGGAUAAGUGCAGGGUCCUGCACUUAGGACGGAAGAACCCAAUGCACAGCUACAGACUAGGGACCGAAUGGCUAGGCAGCAGUUCUGCGGAAAAGGACCUAGGAGUGACAGUGGAUGAGAAGCUGGAUCUGAGUCAGCAGUGUGCCCUUGUUGCCAAGAAGGCCAAUGGCAUUUUGGGAUGUAUAAGUAGGGGCAUAGCGAGCAGAUCGAGGGACGUGAUCAUCCCCCUCUAUUCGACAUUGGUGAGGCCUCAUCUGAAGUACUGUGUCCAGUUUUGGGCCCCACACUACAAGAAGGAUGUGGAUAAAUUAGAGAGAGUCCAGCGAAGGGAAACAAAAAUGAUUAGGGGUCUGGAACACAUGACUUAUGAGGAGAGGCUGAGGGAACUGGGAUUGUUUAGUCUGCAGAAGAGAAGAAUGAGGGGGGAUUUGAUAGCUGCUUUCAACUACCUGAAAGGUGGUUCCAGAGAGGAUGGUUCUAGACUUUUCUCAGUGGUAGAAGAGGACAGGACAAGGAGUAAUGGUCUCAAGUUGCAGUGGGGGAGGUUUAGGUUGGAUAUUAGGAAAAACUUUUCACUAGGAGGGUGGUGAAACACUGGAAUGCGUUACCUAGGGAGGUGGUAGAAUCUCUUUCCUUAGAAGUUUUUAAGGUCAGGCUUGACAAAGCCCUGGCUGGGAUGAUUUAAUUGGGGAUUGGUCCUGCUUUGAGCAGGGGGUUGGACUAGAUGACCUCCUGAGGUCCCUUCCAACCCUGAUAUUCUAUGAUUCUAUGAUCCUUGUGGAGUUUAUCUUCUUCACAUUUUGCAGAGUGUCAGUUGAUGCAAUAUUCUCCACUCUCUGUGCUAUGAUUUCUUUGAUCCUAAAUCAGACUCUCUGGAGCUGGAGAUGAAAGUGUCACAGACUUUAAAGGAGACUUUAAAUUGAUCUGAAACUCGGUGUGAUCGUUCGGAAUUUAAAUCCCACUUUUCCUUUAUUAGCAAAGCCACUUUUAGGGCUGAGUUGGAAUUGUUUCCAGAUGGGAAGAUUGGCUAUUUUUUCCCCAUUACAAGGCUAAAACUUUCAUAAAUAACAUGACUCAAUAAUAAUGAGACAGUGCUGAGUGAAGCAGGUUUGAACAGAUCAGAGGAGAAUGAGGUGGGAGAAUCUGUGGUCCUGAUUCUGAGUCAUCAGAUAUAAGCUGCUCUGAAAUGUCACUUAAUAUAAAACUGGAAGUGUUAUAUUCCUCUUUGUAAUGUGGGUUUUUCUCUUUCCUGGAGGCCGUUUGGUCACAUCACUAGAUAUUAAUUUUGUUUGACAGAAUGUAGCUCAGAAUUAUGGGGGACUUGGAGACAUAUAACCAUUUGCCAAAAUUGCUUUUUACUUUCUUUUUGUUCUUUCCCCCCAUCCCUUCAUGAUCACAUGAAGAAAGUUUAAGUGUAGCUCAGUCAAUAGGAGAGAAUAGUCCAAGGUAUUGGAUACACUAUCAAGGAAACAGUCGUGUUUUAAAUCUCAGCUUUCAAACUGUGAACCACAGCACAACUCAAAUUGUGUAACUAACUGAAGUAAAUAGAUAUGAUCACAACUGUAUUUAACUAUUUAGGUCAGUUUUUUUUCAAUGAUCUGGGGAGAGUGUUCCAUAGUAAGUAACUUGAAAAUAGGCAAAAUGCACAUGUAUUUGGUUCCCAAUGAGUUGUGACCCAUGCCCUACAGGAGGUUACUCCUGAAAAUAUCUCCUAGUUCAUCCUCUGAUUUGGGAAAUAGAAGUGUUUUUGCUGAACUCAUCUGUUCUAAUUGCUGCGAAUGUGUGUAACAUGAAAUCAGUAUUGAAUGUUAACUGGCAGAAAUUCUGAUCCAGGUCUGUAUCCAGUUUCUAAUUGAGGCCUGUACCACCUGAUUAAAAAUAAAUGAACUGGGCAUGUUUAGGGAAGCUAUUCCUCAUUAACACUGCUGAGAUUUUGGGUGGGUUGGUAGAGGUUUCUACUCCAGAGAAGUGUGAAUUUACCCUGACAAAGGUAAAAGAUUUGGGAAGAAUUCAGGUAGAAGUAGCAGGCAUCCAAUGGUUGGUUUUCACACCAGAGAAGGAAGCUAUGAAGAACUAUGUCCAACUCAAACUAUUUUUAGAACAACAUUUUCUAUUUCAGUGGCAUUGAUUACAGUCCCAAAGGAUGCCAUAGUUAGAUUGGGAACAAUUGUCCCUUACCAUUCGCAUGCAAAGAGAGAAACUGUUGAUGCCUUUAGAGGACAUUCCUUCCCCCUAGAUCGCAGUCUGUGUGCCUUGUUUGACAACAAAGAUUUUCACUUUGUGCAAGUGAUGGUAACCAAUGAGGGAGUGUCAGGCUCCAAGUUCAAAUGGCAAGGUACUUGAAUGUUGAGUCCUUAAUCUCUUAGGUUUGCUCUUGUGUAUUAUGUAUUUGCAUCACUUCUAUACCUCCUGCUACUUUGAAAGGUUUUAAAAAUAUGAGAAUAAAGUAGAGGUGCUAUUUUCAUGGUGCAAACUUUCCCACAUAGUGUGAAACCCCUUCCACCAACACUUACGGGAGAAGACCUAGAACUCACUGAAGUGGAAGGCACCUAUGGUGGGGUAAAUCACAACUUUAGAGAAGCUUUCACCAUAUGGAAAUGGGGAUUAAAAGAAAA